AUGGAGGUUCAGUGCCCAAUGUGUGCUGCAAAGGUGUUGCACCUCAGGCACCAGGCAGAUCACGCUGCGGCUGGCCAGAGGAAGGGUCUCACUGCGGGACUUGAGGUGUUCUGCAUGCGGGAUCAAUUACAGCUGCAUCGACUGCCACCUCCAGUCGAGCCAUCCGGAACUCACGACAAAAAGAUGAAAGCUGUGGUACAGGGGCUACAGCUUGAGGUCAGUGUGGACCAGCUGAAAAAAUUAAGGGCCAAAAACCCUACAGUAAGGCUGGUCUCACACAUGGAUGACCUUGAAGCAGGGGUGGCGAGUCAGCUGGCACUCCCCCAGCCGCAGCCUCCGGAGAAACAGGCGAUGCUCCCCCAGCCUGCAGAGGAAUGUCUGCAGUUUCUGGGAGAAUUCGAAAGCACACUGGACCACCAGAUGACCGUGAGCCUGCAAGAGAGGCGCAUGCUUACAGGACCACGCAACGUCAAGGCUGGAUAUGCCUCUCACCAGGGGCAGGUGUGCUUGCAGGCCCCUUCACCACUCUGGUCCCCCGGAAAGAAGGGUGGGGAAACCUUGGGCACCUAUCCUGGCCGUGCACUACCUCCGGGCUGGUCUCACAAUGUGAGAUUUUUACCUCUGAAGUUAACUUCCUGCUUUAUUGUUCUGUUUAGAUUGGUCAUCUGUAAUCUCACUGGUAAGUGCUGUGAGAGUUUGUCUUCAGUUCUACAAUCAUCAAACUCUUGUCUGAGAGAUCUCGACCUCAGUAACAAUGACCUGCAAGAUUCUGGAGUAAAGCUGCUCUCUGUUGGACUGAAGAGUUCAUAUUGUCAACUAAACAUACUGAGGCUGUCUGGCUGUAUGGUGACAGAGGAAGGCUGUGGUUGUUUGUCUUCAGCUCUGACUUCAAACCCCUCAAACAUGAGAGAACUGGAUCUGAGCUACAAUCACCCAGGAGAGUCAGGAGUUAAGCUGCUAUCUGAGAUACUCAGCCAUCCAAACUGCACACUAGACAAACUCAAUGUGGAUCAUGGAGGAGAUUUCAGGAUUACAGCAGGACUACACAAAUAUGCCUGUGAUCUCACACUGGAUCUAAACACAGCAAACAAUCAUCUCAUUGUGUCAGAGGAGAACAAAAAGGUGAUACAUGUGAAAGAGGAUCAGUUAUAUUCUGAUCAUCCAGAGAGAUUUGAUGAGUGUAGUCAGAUUCUGUGUCGAGAGAGUCUGUCUGGACGAUGUUACUGGGAGGCUGAAUGGAGUGGACAUGAUGCUGAUAUGUCGGUCACAUAUAAAUGUAUAAGCAGGAAAGGAGGGAGUGAUGAUUGUUGGUUUGGAUCCAAUAAAAAUUCUUGGAGUCUGAUCUGCUCUGAUUUUGGUUUUACUGUUCGUCACAAUAAGAAGUUCACUGUCUUACAUGUCCCUUUGCGCUCCUCUAAGAGAGUAGGAGUGUAUGUUGACAUGUCGGCUGGCACUCUGUCCUUCUACAGCAUCUCUGACACACUCACACACUUACACACAUUCUGCUCUACAUUCACUGAACCUCUCUAUGCUGGAUUUGUAGUUUGUGAAGGUUCCUCUGUAUCUUUGUGACAUCCUGUGUAAAGCCUGUGAUCUGAAAACCUGCCUAAAAAUAAAUUCUCUCACUUUA